CUGACUUUUACCGGCAACGUGGCAACACUCAACUUCAAAGUUCUACUGUUUCAUUUUCCCACUCAUGUAAACUAUAACCCGAGGACACGCUCUGGGACUGCAGCUGUCAAAGCUCCACUGUUUACUCCCAGGAUCAGACUCAGACUGGGACACACACACAGGACGGAGAUGAGGGAUUAUUCAUACCCUGAAUGGUAUGAUUUUGAUUUUAAAGUAUCCGUUGGUGUUGAGGGAGGCUGAUUGUGUGUGAAGGGGUCACCAUGGAUCACAGAGGUCACCCCCGGCCCGACCCUGGCCGCCCCUCCCACAGAACUAAAGACAGAGAGGACUACUACGGAUAUUCUCAGCAGGACAGGGACCAGAGCUACCAACCGCCAAAACCCAGAGAGAGGGACAGGCACUGGGCUCAGACGGAUGCCCACUACAGGGCUCACUUCACCGGUCCUCCUGCCAGACCGGAGCAGUAUCCUCACAACGCUCAGCAGUAUCCUUAUGGUUACGGCCAGCCUGAACUCCAAAGACCUCAGUCCAGGCAUGGGUAUGACUAUCCCCCCCAAAGCCACUGGGACUACAGAGACAGCUAUGGUUACUAUGACCAUGACUACUACAGAGGACAGCGUGGACAACAAGAUGCUGGCCUGUGGGGUCCCCAGGACUCCUCGAGAGCAACCCCUUAUUAUGACAAAGCAUAUACGCAUGAGCACUCAGGGAGCUCCUACGCCGAGGAGCACAGGUAUGACCAAGGCAGAGGCACCUCCCAGCCUCCUUACCUCAACCACUACGAGGAGAAUCCCUCCAGAGACAAUGAAGAGGUGACCUCUUAUUACCAGGGGACAUUAGAGGGUUCCAAAACCUCAGGGCUGUCCUCCAGCAGCUAUGAGCUGAGUCAGUACAUCAACGGAGCUGAACACAGCGAGCCUGUCCCGCUGUCUGUCCACACAUCUGACACAGAGCACGGGCCGAUGCAUCAGGCGUCAGCUCCUCUGAAGUACUCCAUCCCUCAUGUGGUUGUGAGCUUUGGGCCAGCAGGCCAGCUGAUACGGGUCACUCCAGGCUUGUCCACGCAGGAGAACGUCAGCCAGCUGGAAAUCCACAGUCUGGAAGUAAUUCUGGGUGAUACAAAGGAACAGCAGGAUAUGAGAAACUUCCCAGGGCCUUUAAAGAGGGAAGACCUGCACAAAGUAGAUGCUAUAGAGUUUGCUCACCAGAGGGCAGGCGCCUGCAUGAGCGAUGACCAGCUGCAUGAUAAGAGCUCUGCUGCCCUCCUGUGGAAUCUACUGAUCCUGCUCUGCCGACAGAAUGGACAAAUAGUCGGCUCAGAUAUCGCAGAGCUGCUGAUGCAGGGCUCACAUUCAGAUGGACGCUGGGAGCCAGACACUCCAACGCUCAUUGACUUCAGCGACGGCACAACUGCUGAGGCACCACCUCGCACAGGAGACGACCUGCUCACAGGAGACUGGAGCAGCUUCAGCUCUGAGACCUCUGAGAAGGACCUGCAGAGCUACACUCAACUGCUGCUGGCCGGGAGAAAGAAGGAGGCCUUGGAGUCGGCUAUGAGCAGCGGCCUGUGGGGGCAUGCACUGUUUCUGGCCAGCAAAAUGGACAACAGGUCCUACACCACUGUGCUGAACAGGUUUACAGGCCAGCUAACGGCCAGUGAUCCCCUCCAGACCCUCUUCCACCUGCUGACUGGGAGAAUCCCUGUUGUAUCCAUGUGCUGUGGAAAUGAAAAAUGGGGAGACUGGAGGCCCCAUCUUGCUGUUAUGCUCUCCAAUGAGACAGGAGAUCCUGCCGUCCAACAGAAGGCCAUCGUCACCAUGGGGGACACUCUCGCCUCCAAAGGCCUUAUACAUGCCGCCCAUGUGUGCUACCUGACAGCCAGCGUGCCCUUCGGGGGAUUCUCGCAGAAGGCAGAGAGACUGGUACUUCUGGGAUCCAGCCACAGGCAAUCCUUUGAAUACUUUGCAACAAACCUUGCCAUCCGGUGCACUGAAUUGUAUGAGUACUGCCAGACACUUGGAGGCAAAUGCCUUUCAAUACCAACCUUUCAGGUGUACAAGUUCCUGUAUGCCAGUCGACUGCUGGACUGCGGUCUUGCAUCUCAGGCCUUUCAUUACUGCGAAGUGGUGGGACGGGCGAUCCUCAGACAGAGGGAGCCUUUCUUUGUGCUGACUGGAGAGGUUAUUAAGCUGUCAGACAGGCUGAGACACUCCGAGGGUCAGUUCAGUGAAGCAGGCGUGAGCGGAGAUGAGCAGGAACCUGACUGGCUGAGAGAGCUGCGUGCUAGACACCACAGUUUACAGACGGGUAGUUACGACCGUACUGAAACAUUACAGUCACCUCCUGAGGGAAGUGCUUUGGUCCAUGAGGAUAGCAAAGUGUCCUUAGAAUCGCACUUGGAUGACCUUAACCGUGACAUCCAGAGUCCAGAGCCAGAACUCCUUUAUUACACAGGCACUGGGAAUCAAGAAAACCUUGAGCAUCAAGUUGAAGGAAUCACUGAGGAAAUGAAUGUGUUAUCGUGGGACGAUCAUACCAGAGCUAAGGACUGGCCACACGCCAAUUCUCCGAUGCCAGUACCGCUGGUUUAUGCUCCCACAGCGACCACAGUGACUGCGAGCCAAGCCUUCAGUUAUCAUAAUACAGAUAGUGCUGAAGUCAGAGCUGCCUCGCCACAUUGUCCUCCGAGUAAUCUGCCAUCAGCAGCAGAGGGGGUUUGGUCGUCAUCUGGACCAGACACAUUACCUGGGUGUGUGUCUUCAUUUCCUCUGAAGAUGGGGGUUCAGAUGCUUGAGGUCAACAACAGUCAGCAGGGGCAGUGCCAGCAGAUCGUCCAGCAAGGUUUUGAAGGCUCCAAGCAGACCAACGAACCUCCUAAACAGAGCACCAAAGCCGGAUGGUUUAGUGGUUGGUUCAAGUCGACACCCAAAGAUGUUCACGAGGAGAGUUCAGAGCAGAGAAGCCCAGCUCCGAUGGAGCUACCUCCGACUACUGGCUUCUGUCCUCCUCCCCCGCCUGCCAUGUUUCCAUCUCAGCCUCCGUCUGCUGGGAUCAACCCCUUUUCAAGGAAAGCAGGCCAGCAGCUGGGGUAGAAGCCCUCUCCAGACCACUAGCCUGUAUCACAGGAUGUAAGGGAUAUCAGACCACCUGUCAUUCACAGUGCCUUUGUGUCUAAUGAGAGCUUCAACUGGCCCUCUGCUCGACCCACACACACACAUUUCUUUUUAAAGGAUGUCAUUUAGAACCCCCACAGCCUUGCUCACCAUCAUGUUCCACAUUUGAUACAGAAAUACUCUGGAUGGACUGGCAUAGUAACUCAUGUUGCAGCGAGCGAAACAGCUGAGAUGUGCUCUCUAAAAGCUGACAGCGAGGACAUUACAAGUGGAUGCAGUACAUAUUUGGGGGAAGGGAUACCUUAAUUGACCCAAAUAACCAUUUAUGUACAAGAGAGUUGACCAGGACCGUCGAUGCCAACAACACUGAGCGACUGUGACCACCUAGCUAACUGCUAGCUACAUGCUGCUAGGGAAUUAGCUAUAUUUAAGUAAUAUUUUGGAGGAAAAAUCUAUCCAUCCAUCAUCUUUUUAUGAUCAGAUGUCUAUCCAUGCCACUUAGACACAAUUGUUCGACAAUUAAAAAUACAUUCAAACAUAAAUGAGGUGCAAACUAAUAUGUAAUGUGAUGCUGUGGUUGUUUAUUAGCCUCACAGAAGCCAAGCAGAGUAAGCCUGACUCUGCAAGGCUGGUAAAUUAUGGCACAGUGUGAACAUUAUGUUUACCUUCUGUAAAAUGAAUGAUACUGUAUAUUAGACAUUGAGUUGUGAUGCUGCCAAGAUGGAUGAUACCAUGUGGUGCAA